AUGGCCUCGCACAAAGAAGUUGAAGCGGGGGCAUCGCCUGUUAUUCUAUCAACUGUUUCAUCAGAGCGGGACGAGAACUAUGAAUUUUACAAACGGCAUCAAGGUCUGGAAUACACAGCAGAAGAAGCCAAGAGGGUUCUGCGCAAAAUUGAUAUACGCCUCAUUCCUUUACUGUUCCUAAUCUACAUGCUGCAGUAUCUGGACAAAAACAGCAUCAACUUCGCGUCCGUCUACGGCUUAAAGCAAGGAACACACCUGAAAGGACAACAGUAUUCAUGGCUCAGCUCCAUUUUCUACUUCGGAUAUCUCAUUGCGCAAUGGCCUGCCGGAUUAGCAUUGCAAAAGUUACCUGUUGGCAAGUUCCUUGCCAUCACCACAUUGAUAUGGGGUGGGUUGCUCAUGACAACACCUGCGUGUUACAACUUUGCUGGAAUCGCAAUCAACCGCUUUCUUUUAGGAAUGGUUGAAGCAGUUGUAACUCCCGGAUUUGUUCUUAUGACCGGCAUGUGGUAUACAUCUGAGGAACAACCACUGAGACUAGAGGCAUGGUAUUGCACUAAUGGCAUUGCCACGAUGUUUGGAGGCCUCAUUGGCUAUGCAGUUGGGCAUAUCACCACUGGACUUCCGCGAUGGAUGUAUGUUUUCCUCAUCUUUGGAGCGUUUUCCGUCGCGGUAGGCGCUAUUGCCCUAGUCUUCCUCCCCGAUCUUCCUUCAACUGCCAGAUUUCUCAGCGACCGGGAGCGAGCUAUUGCUGUUGAACGUGUUGCUAUCAACCGGCAAGGCGUUAAGAGUAGUCAAUUCAAAUGGUAUCAGGUCCGACAAGCAGCCGAAGAUCCGAAGACCUGGCUUUUAUUCAUCAUGGCAAUUGGUGCACAAGUCCCGAAUUCGGCAUUAACCAGUUUUACUUCCAUCAUCGUCGGAACUUUCGGAUUUGAUGUUCUUGGAACUCAAUAUCUGCAAAUUCCCGGCGGUGCUGUUCAGUUCAUCACGCUCCUUAUGGGCGGUUAUAUUGCAACAAAGUUCGAUGGCAAGUUUCAUUCACGAUCUGCAUGCAUGAUAUUUGCCUGCACGGUUUGUAUUAUCGGAUCAGGGCUUCUUGUCGGCCUACCAAACACUAACAAAUGGGGUCGCCUUGUUGCACUUUGGCUAUGCUAUUUUCAAGGCUUGGGAUUCAGCAUGAGUCUGACGAUUGUUAGCUCCAACAUUGCUGGAUACACUAAAAAGCAAGUGACUGGUGCUCUGUUAUUCACUGGAUACUGCGUGGGAAAUAUAAUUGGACCUCAGACUUUCAAGUCCAGCGAAGCCCCUGGGUACCACAGUGCUUACAUUGCGAUGCUUGCUGGAUAUUCAGUAAAGCUGGUCUGUAUUGUCGCUUUGUAUGUUUACAUGUACCUUGAGAACAAGCGUCGGGACCGUGAAGUAAUGGACGGUCAAGAGAUCGAGACAGAAGGUGUUGAAAACGGCAUGCUAGACAAAACUGAGAUCGACAACAAAGCGUUUAGAUACGUUCUGUAA